AUGCUGGCUGUAGAAUGCUGUAGAGCCAUCUGCUGGCCAUGUGCAGUUUGCCGACACCAUUGUCAUCGCGCUCCUACUGCAGAGAAGAGGCGACCUUCUCCAGGCACGCUGGAGUGCGAAACCAUGCGAGGCAGUGAACUCUGCAGUGAGCGAGCAUCUGUCUUGUCCAGCGACCCAUACAGCAGUCUGUCAAUUGUGGCUCUUGUGCAGCGCGACGACGUGGGUGGUCUAGCGGAGAGCCUCGUGUCGGCGUCAGCAGCUCAAGUUGACUCAUCUUCCUUCUGCUCCGUGGCUCGACAGGUCCUUGCUUAA